UCGUAGCCAUGUCUGCUUCCUUUUAGUGUGGUUCUUUUUACAAACAUGGCCCCACCGAAACCCAAAUCGACGGAUAAACCCGCUGCUAAGCCAGCAGAAAAGAAGAAGCCUGCGGCUGCCCCAGCCAAGGCUCCGGCUGCAGCUAAGCCAGCGGCCAAGCCUGCUGCUGCUAAGCCAGCUGCGAAGGCUGCCGACAAGAAACCAGCCACUGCUGGAAAGGGCAAGGUUGCACCAAAGACUUCAUUGAAGUCCGUAAAGAAGGGAACCCUCCCCAAAUCCGCCAAGCCAUCUCAACCGACCAAGAGCAUUCUGUCGAAACCUCGUCUCCAUGCUCCAGCUAAACCCAGCAAGCUGGCCAAGCUUAAGGCUGCCAUGGAGAAGGCGAAGGUUGUCCAAAAGAAGGUGAUCAAGGGACCAAACGGCACCCUCGUCCGCAAGAUCCGCCACUCGGUGCACUUCCGCAAGCCGAGGACCUUCAAGACUCCCAGGCAACCGAAGUACCCGAGGAAGUCCGUUCCCAACAGGAACCGCAUGGACGCUUACAACAUCAUCAAAUACCCGUUGACCACUGAAGCCGCCAUGAAGAAGAUCGAGGACAACAACACGCUCGUGUUCCUGGUGCACGUGCGCGCCAACAAGCACCACAUCAAGGCCGCCGUCAAGAAACUGUACGACAUCAACGUCGCCAAUGUGAACACUCUGAUCAGGCCCGACGGCCAGAAGAAGGCUUACGUGCGUCUGGCGAGGGAUUACGAUGCCCUCGAUGUUGCCAACAAGAUUGGCAUCAUAUAAAUUAUUGACUUUUCAAAUUUGCGUUUUGUAUGUAUUAUAAGUAUAUGAAUAAAAUUUGAGAAGGG